AGUUUCACCGGCACUGUUUCCUUUUCUUUUCCGCUCAGGUCUCGGCAGUGGUGGGAGCGUGGAUUUCAUCAUCUGGGCUCAUAAAAAUCACCUAAAAUGAGCGUCCCGGCGUUUAUCGAUAUUACGGAAGAAGACCAGGCCUCAGAGCUGAGAGCCUACAUGAAGUCCAAAGGAGCCGAGAUAUCAGAAGAAAACUCUGAGGGUGGACUUCAUGUUGAUCUGGCUCAGAUCAUCGAGGCGUGUGAUGUGUGUCUCAAGGACGACGACAAAGAUGUAGAGAGUGUGAUGAACAGCAUCGUGUCUCUGCUGUUGAUCCUGGAGACAGACAAGCAGGAGGCUCUCAUUGAAAGUCUGUGUGAGAAACUGGUGAAGUUCCGUGAAGGAGAGAGGCCCUCCCUCAGGAUGCAGCUGCUGAGUAACCUGUUCCAUGGCAUGGAUGAGAACACUCCAGUGAGGUACACUGUCUUCUGCAGCCUCAUCAAGGUGGCGGCAACUUGUAAUGCCAUCUCUUUCAUCCCCACUGACCUUGAUCAGGUACGCAAGUGGAUUAUCGACUGGAACCUGAACACAGAGAAGAAGCACGUACUCUUGAGGCUUGUGUAUGAAGCAUUGGUUGACUGCAAAAAAAGUGAGGCUGCAGCAAAAGUCAUGGUUGAGCUGCUGGGAAGUUACACAGAAGACAAUGCUUCACAGGCACGCGUUGACGCCCACAGAUGUAUCGUCCGUGCUCUUAAAGACCCAAACACCUUCCUGAUCGACCACCUGCUCACCCUGAAACCUGUUCGCUUCCUGGAGGGAGAGCUCAUCCAUGAUCUACUAACCAUUUUCGUGAGCGCAAAACUAGCAGCAUACGUAAAGUUUUACCAGAGUAACAAAGACUUCAUUGAUUCUCUGGGCCUGUCUCACGAGCAAAACAUGGCCAAGAUGCGUCUGCUGACAUUCAUGGGCAUGGCAGUGGAAUUCAAGGAGAUCUCCUUUGACACAAUGCAACAGGAGCUGCAGAUCGGAGCUGAUGACGUUGAGGCGUUUGUCAUUGACGCUGUUCGUACCAAGAUGGUGUACUGCAAAAUUGACCAGACACAGCGAAAAGUUGUUGUGAGCCACAGCACACAUCGCACCUUUGGCAAGCAGCAGUGGCAGCAGCUGCAUGACAGCCUCAGCGCCUGGAAGGCUAACCUAGCUACCGUCAAGACCAGUCUGCAAGCCCUGUCACCUUCUGCUUAAUUCCACCUUAACCUGACUGUCUAGACUGCCUGACCCUCCAUUCUUUUUCUGCUUUCCAAAUCCUCUGACUGAAAUGAUCAGUUUUUAUAUUCAUCCAAUAAAAGAACAGUGGAGAUCACCUGCGA